AGUUUGCAAAGAAAAUAGGAGGAGCAUUGCCGCCUAAGGUACCAAAACAGCGCCAAGCCAACGAAAGACGUUAAAAUCUAAUCCACAAUUACUGUAAUUAGGGUUUCUUAAAAAAUUCUGAAAUUGUUGUGAUUUGACUGAUUCAAUCGGAAAACAUGAGAAGCGAAUCAGCGAUCAUGCGAAAUCCUCACCUCGACGAGGUUCUGACGAUCGAAAUUCCCGUUUUAAGAUGCUGUAUAUCAAACAUGGUGUAGCUGUAUCAAACAUACACAAGUUCUGAGUGUUGCAUCUUUGUAAGGAAGAGUACACAUAUGCUGUUCUAACGUUGAAUACGUGAUAAACAUCAACAACCUGCAACUGAGCGUUGCUGCUGAACCAUCAUGGCUGCUGACCUGAUAUGACAUGGCCACUUGUUUGCUUGCACAUGCUAUUGUUGAUGACUACUACUCCCAAGUAUAUGGUCUUGAAUGUGUGGCAAUUGUUGAUGAACUUGAGAGAUGAUGGUGAAUACGAGGAAGUCUUUGAAGAUGUGAGGGAGGAAUGUGAAAAAUAUGGAGGCUUGUUGAGUGUUAUUAUUCUGCGACCUAUUAUGGAAGGAAACCUGAUUCCUGGUGGUUGGAAGGUAAAGUCUUUCGUAUCAUUUUUUAUAUCAAAUUAUUUUAAAUUCUCGUUUUAUUUCUUACAUUACCAAUGUGUUCAUACUUCAUAUGUCUAAUAGAUAAAACUAACUACUCAAAUAAAAUGGGGAUACGAAUGCUUUAGAUGUUAUUUUAGGAAAUAAAAUGGUAAAAUUUGCUACUUUGGCAUCAAAUGAGCAAUAUAACAAGUGUUCAGUUGGAAAAAGAUCUCAUUUAGGAAGCUGAACGAACCAUUAAAACAAGCUUGUUAUAGAACAGUGUUCUCUUUAUAUUUAUAGAUGCUCUCCAAGAUUCUCAACUAAGGGUGAUACAUCGAGAUUUGAAACCCAGCAACAACAUAUUCUUAAUAAUGAAAUGAAUUCUAAGAUUUUGAAUAUCAGCAGGGCUAGUCUUAUUCAAGCAGAUCAAACUCGAGGAGAUAGUAACAUAGUUCUUGGUACCCUGUAAGUUUUCUAACAUCAUAGCUUACCACAAGCUAAAAUCAUCAUAACAUUUUCAGUACCAGAAAAUGUUUGGGGAUUUGUAUUGUUUCAUUGGAUACUAAUUUUAUCUCUUACACUUACAAUUUUUACAAUAUAUGCCUCCUGAAUAUGUGCAACAUGGGCAUUUUUCUGUCAAAUCUUAUGCAUUCAGCUUUGGUUAUAGUCCUGGAAAUCAUAAAUGGCCAACUGAUUGGUAGCUUUUGGGAUGAAGAAAAAGGAGAAAGUCUUCUGAGCUUCGUAAGUCUUGUGUUCAGUUUCUCCAUUUAUUAAAAAUAGACUUUGUCGUCUUUCAUCAUCAUUAUCAAUCCACUAUUCUGCUCAAAAACAGGGUUUGGGUGAGGAAAGGUGACAGACAAUCCAUACCCCUACUCUCUUUAAAGGGAAGACUAGAGGAAUAUGGUCAAUUUUACCCCAAAAGAAAGACUUUGUCGUCUUUAAUUGAGAUAA